AUGUUAAACACUGUGAUAACAUUGUUAAAUUUAGUGGUAAUUAUUUUAGCCACUUGUGUCAUGUUUUCACAACCGAAUAAACAUGGUUCAAAGUUCGCACCAGCUGAUCAUGGAGGUCUAUUUCCAUAUGGAUUUGGAGGUAUGAUUGGUGGUGCUGGAACGUGUUUCUAUGCAUUUAUUGGCUUUGAUGCUAUUACAGUCAGUAGUGAAGAAGCCUUGAAUCCGAAAAGAUCAAUGCCUAUUGCCACUGGUGUAUCAGUCGGUGUAGUUACACUUUUAUUCUUAUUGGCCAGCUUAGCUUUAACACUGUUUGUACCCUGGUGGACAGUGGAUAGGCAAGCAGCGUUUACAGCUGCUUUUCAUGUUCGAAAUUAUGAAUGGGCUACAUAUAUAACAGGAAUCGGUUCAUUGCUUGGAUUGAGUGCAAGUUUAUUCACUAGUAUGUAUGCAAUGCCAAGAGUUGUUUACGCUAUGGCUAGUGAUGGUUUAUUGCCUAAAUUCCUCGGCUAUCUAUUACCAUCUACACAAGUACCAGUUGUUGCACUCAGUUUGUUUGGAAUAUUCGCUGCUAUACUGACUCUUUUAUGUGAUAUUCAUUUAUUGGCUGACUUUCUGAGCAUUGGAACAUUGAUUGCUUAUACAAUUGUCUCUAUGAAUGUGUGUAUACUACGCUAUUGUCAACCACAACUUUAUUCUGGCCAGUGGAGUGAAUUAGAAUCAAGUGAAGGGAAUCUUAACCUUUCAAGUGAUGAACACUUUAAUGAUGAAAAAGUGAUACAUGAAACUAAUGAGGCUGAGAUAAGUGAAUGGCCACAUUCAAUUGGACGAUUAAAAUCUGCUUUUCGUCAUUUACCAAUUCUUCGUGAUUCAACACCUGGAUAUGCACCAAUCAUUUCACUUUUACUUUAUACUAUUUGUGCUUUGGGUUUGGCGUGUCUUUUAUUACCAGGAUCUCAAUAUAUGCAAGAAUCACGUUGGUGGGCAAUACUGAUAUUUAUUCUAUUCUUGGUUGGAGCAAUUUUCUUUGUGGUUAUCAUGUUCUUGCAUGAACAAAACAAGUCUUUUGACAGUUUUAAGGUCCCAUUUGUUCCUUUGAUUCCCUGUUUGUGUGUUUUCCUCAAUUUCUGUCUCAUGGUAAAGUUGUCACCAAUGACAUGGGUUCGAUUCACUGUCUGGUUGGCUAUAGGUUUGAUCAUAUACUUUGGAUAUGGAUGGCGGCAUAGUGUUCAUGCCAGGGAUCCAGAAGAGUCAGGAAAACUAAUCAAAAUUCCUAAAAUGGGCAGCUUUGAUGAUGUUAUUGCAAGUCCAGGUUUCGAGCCAUUACCUAAGAGUUAUGAACAAAGUGAGGAAUAA